CGAGUACCCCACUGGUGUCUUGGAGCUGAGCAAAGUGAAAAUGGGGGAAAGGUAAAAGUUACCUCGCUGAUCAUCCUUUCCUCUCAGUGAGCUGGAGCGGGCUUGGAGAGGGGAAAUGGCCAGAUAUCAGGAUGUCAAAGCCAGGAGAGGCUGAAAAAGUCGGGGCUGACUCACCAUUGGAGGGCACAGAUUCAGACCGGAAUGGACCAGAAUCAAAUCAUCAGGCUCAGUCAAUGAAAGCCUGUCCUUUUCCUCUGUCUCCAAACCUGAGCAGCACCAAGAAUAAGAUGGAGGAGUGUGCUGACAUGUCCCCAGCCCUCCCGUCCUCUCAUGGCCCAACCCCCUCACAGACAGCCCUGCAACACACACAGCUCAUGCUGACCAGCUCCCAACUAGCAGGGUUGACAGCUCUGUUGCCGGCACAGCAGCAGUUGUUGCUGCAGCAGGCUCAAGCGCAGCUCCUGGCUGCAGCUGUGCAGCAGUCCAAUGCAGCCCAUGCAGCUCAUGCUGCCCACGCAGCCGCCCAAGCCAAUCAGCAAGCUCAGGCAGCUGCAGCAGCAAAUCAGCAAGCCCAGCAGCAGCAGCAACAGCAGCAGCAAGCAGGUCAAACGGGACAGCAGACUCAGUCACAGUCCCAGGGACACGGACAGAGUACACAGGAGCAGAGCGCCCAAAGUGUCCCUGUCCCACCUCCUCCAUCCCAGCUCACCCUCUCCCAGCCAAUCCAGCUCACUGCCCAGGAUAUUCAGCAGCUGCUGCAGCUACAGCAGCUGGUGUUGGUUCCCGGUCACCCGAUCCCAUCUCCUGCCCAGUUCCUCCUUCCACAGGCACAGCAGAGCCAGCAAGGACUCCUAUCGACACCAAAUCUUAUUCCGCUACCUCAGCAAAACCAAGGGAGCCUGCUCUCUGCUCAGACUAGAAUGGGGCUUCAGGCACAGCGAGAUAAGGGUGUGGAGGUGAGUGGUGGAGGUGUGACCACGGUGCCUUCCGUAACCUCUCACCCCGAGGACCCCAGUGACCUGGAGGAGCUCGAACAGUUUGCCCGCACUUUCAAACAAAGACGCAUCAAACUGGGCUUCACACAGGGAGAUGUAGGCUUGGCCAUGGGGAAGCUGUAUGGCAAUGACUUCAGUCAGACCACUAUCUCCCGCUUCGAAGCCCUCAACCUGAGCUUUAAGAACAUGUGCAAGCUGAAGCCACUGUUGGAGAAGUGGCUGAACGAUGCAGAGACCAUGUCAAUAGACAGCACCCUGCCCAGCCCCAGCUCCCUGUCCUCUCCCUCUCUGGGCUUCGACGGGGUCCCCUCUCGCCGCAGAAAGAAGAGAACCAGCAUUGAGACGAAUGUACGUGUGGCACUGGAGCGCGCAUUCAUGACGAACCAGAAGCCUACCUCAGAGGAGAUCCUGUUGAUUGCCGAGCAGCUCAACAUGGAGAAGGAGGUGAUCCGGGUCUGGUUCUGCAACCGCCGGCAAAAAGAGAAGCGCAUCAACCCAAGCAGUGCCACCCCUCCUCUGCCCAGCCAGACCCCCACAGCCCCACCAGCGCACAAACCACCCUGCUACAGCCCUCACAUGAUGUCCAGCCAGAUGUCACAGGCCGUGACCAGUCUCAGCAGCACAACGGUGACCACCAUGUCCUCCGUCUGUCCUCUGACUUCCAGCCUCACCUCCACCCACCCCUCUCUCAGCUUAACCCACACCCCUCUCAGCUCCACUCCUUCCCCAGCAACACCACCUCCUCCACCUAUUCCUCCCCGCAGCACAGCCAGCCCGGCCACCCCCAGCCACAGCACACUCAACCUUAACACAGGCUUAUGGCGAAUGGGUAAAAAGAAUGGUGACAUGUCUAACUACAUCACCGAUUUUGCUGCAAACUUGAGGAACACUGUGAUGGGAGUUAACACAGGGAUGAAUCAAGCCCUCCUCGGUAACAAUCCCCUGGCCACUAUCCAAGCCCUAGCAGCCAGUGGUGGUCACCUACCUCUUUCCACUCUUGAGGGUGGUAGUAAGGUGAUGUUGGGGGCUUCUGGGGGCCAAGGAGGGGGCCUCCCCUCCUCCCUCUUCCUCAACCACCCCGCCCUCCUCCACAUGGGCCAGAAUCCCAACGCCGGACUGGUCAGCACCGCUGUAGCCAAAGUCUCCCAGCCCUCGCCCUUCCCCUCAGCCAGCAGCAUUAGCCCCACACCCUGCUCCCCCUCUCCCUGCUCCAGCCCCGCCUCUUCCUGCUCCUCCAGCGAAAUGGCACACAGCCCACCGUCUCUGGGCGGGGCCAAGAUUGAGUGACGGCACCAAGGGCCAAUCAGAGAGGAGGAGGAAGGAGGAUACGAGAACCUCGCCUUUCACACCAAAGCUAUCUCUUUCUCUCUCUUGUGCUCUUCUUCCGUUAUGUUUUUUCUCAAUGGCUCUCUCUCUCCUUCUCUCCCAGUCUUUCGAUGCCAAAAAUACACAGAAUGAAAGAGGAGAGACGGAGGGAAAGAGGUGAAAGAGGGGAGA